ACCACCGCGUGGCUCGACCAGAAUGGGCGAUCACUAGCGUGCCCCUGUUGUGGAAGUCAUGGAUGCUUCGACGCGCCGCAGGGGAGGGAGGUCGUCGCGGCUGAAGGAUAUUGAUGUCUGUUUUAAAAUCCCCGCUGCACCCUGCACACCUUGGCUCCUUCACUUCUACAUCUCGCAUUUCCGUUUUUGUAGCUCCUCUGUCACGCAAUACUCUCUAAGGAAUUACCAAGGUUAAGCUUCACUCUUAGUCAAGUCAUCAUGCGCGCUUCUCUCUUCACUUUCGUGGCGGUGCUUGCUGGAGCGGCUUGGGCUCAGAAUUGCGGUCCCCAGUAUGGGAAUCAGGUUUGCGCCGCGGGCCUCUGCUGUAGCCAGUACGGAUGGUGCGAUACAACCGCUGCCCACUGCGACCCGGCAACCUGCCUGAAGGCCUUCUCUGGAGCCGGAUCCAGCUGUGCCGGUACCAACACCAAGCCGCCAACAUCAACCUCCUCCGCCUUCCCCACCGGCGUCCCCGUAAUCGACACAUGCGGCUCCCAAGGCGGCGCCCAUUGCCCCGGCGUUGGCACCAACGGCUACUUCUACCGCUGCUGCUCCUCGGCCGGCCACUGCGGCCCCAAGAACGACAUCCAGGACCAGGCUCUCUAUUGCGGCUCCGGAUGCCAGGCCGGCUACGGAAAGUGCAACACCAUGGCCGUGCCGGUCUCCAACCCGAACGCGCAGACGGGCAUUGCCAAUGCCGGAGAGGCGUGCGGUCCGUUGGUGAAUAAGAAGUGUGCGUCGGGCUUGUGCUGCAGUGGAAGCAAUUUCUGUGGGACUACGGCCGAUUUCUGCGGUGCCGCGAAUUGGUGCCAGCCCAAGUGGGGAAGGUGUUCGUAGAUGCUCGUGGAUCUCCGUACGAUACCUAGAUAUUAGGCCGGAGUGGGCGAAUAGGGAAGAGACUUUAUGAUUACGGUCGACGUCAGAGCUGGAGCAUCGCAUAUUUGCCUGCUCUGUUUACACGCUCUCGAAUGACCUAGUAGUAAUACAAUGGAGGG